CUGCGCCCCAAUACGGCGGCCUGGACUGCCAAGGUCCUCUGAACGACACAGUGUCACAACCCUGCAACACGGGAGCAUGUCCAAUUAACGGGGGGACUCGGUGAUUGGACCCAGUGGUCCUUGAGCCCGUGCAGUCAGUCAUGUGGCUCGAACAUCAUGACACCUGCCACAAGGUUUCGAGCCUGUAACAGCCCGCCUCCCCAGAAUGGGGGCUCCCCUUGUGUCGGGACCACCCAAGAUGCAGCGCAGAAACCAUGCGGCAUACUCCCCUGUCCAGGUUCUGGGAUUUGCAACGAUGUUGUGAUGAGGUAUGAGGUCGGAUACCGCUACCACCCAACUGACUGUGACAAGUACGUCCAGUGCUUCUUCAACCCCAAUGGCAACGUGAUCGGUGUCUACAGAAGCUGUCCCUUCGGCUACUACUGGAACCAAGUUACAUUCAGAUGUGCCGUGUCCUGGAAGGUGUCAUGUCCUCUAGAGAAAUGCACAGGGGUGUGCAAGCCAAAUUACAAGAUGGAGGGGAGUUGUAGGUCGUACUGGAAGUGUGCCCAGAACGGAUCAGUGGCCAGAUGUUGCCCCGAAAAGAUGAGCUUCACAGAAGAAGAAGGUUGUCGUCCGAACUUCUAUUGUCAAGACGUGUGUCCAACUCCCUAUAUUUCCAGAGAUGUGUGUAACAACCGACCCAGCUGGGUGAGUCCUUCGACAGGAUAUAGCUUCUACACAGAGAGUAGUGGAUGGCAACAAGUCUCAUGUGCAUCGAGAACCAACUUCGACAUUCUUGACUGCGGUUGUAGCGAGAUAUCCGAAGGUACCUGCGUUGCAAGUUACGAAGAAAGCUUUGAUUCAACAACUGCACCCUCUUGGUUGAAUAUGAGCAACGUGACUGUAUCUGGGGGCAUGGCGCGCUUGCUCACGAACAGCCAGUUGAAUCUGAACAUCAAGGUAAGCUCGACUGAGUGUCCGGUUCUGAAGCUGGUAUUCCGGGAAGCAGCAGAUGCAGCUGGCCGUCGAACUGUUGCAAGCGGCAGUGACUGUAAGGAAGGCAACUCCUUAAUCCUUACAGCUGAUGAUAACGGCAUAUAUUUCGAAACAUCGUCGUGGUACGGGCACGUCUACAGGAUGUUCAUGUCAACGCAGGGGAUUCCACGAAGUCAACUGAAAACUGUGACUGUGAUGUAUAAAUCCAAUUUCCUGAUCGGGGUCAUUGAGAGCAACAACGUCAAAUACAUCUCACAGUUGCAUGCUCCUGACGUGACUAUCCUAGGCUGUGGUCUCGUGAUAGGAUCUGAUGGGACUCCAAAUACAGCCUUUGUUGGUGAUGUAGACAUGGUAUCUAUAUACAAGUGUGAUCCUGGCAACCUAUUCUGAAACAGUUAGAAUCGUCGCGUACUUUUAGAUAUAUUGAGCUUCUGUGUAUCUACAUGGUUUUGGUAGAGCAUUCAGCGGAUCGCAUGGUUCUUCGAUGCGACUUUUCCGAUUUUAUUCAAAAUACAUAUGGAAAUGUAAUACAAAUGAGUGCAACAUCAAGUGAAAGCCACUAUUUCAUGCGUUUUAUUAUCAUGAACAAAACCACACAGGUAUGAUACUGAGAAAGACAACAAUCACAACAACAAUUACUGGAAAAUUAAUUAUAUACAAAGAAUAUGUAUCAAAGUAUACAUGAGUCAAACUUUGAUGUGUUGAACAAACAACCGCCUCGAGUAAACGUUAUGUGCGAGUGUAUUCCUUCUUAAAUAACCAUUUGGCUCUUGUGACGAACUUCGGAUAACUCGAAGUAUAUGCAGGUCCUUUCCUCUUCCACCCAGUUGUGUUUGACAGUAUGUGUACAUAUGCAAGUGUAUCCAGUGUACAUGCUUAUUUUAUUUGUACAGAAAAACAAUAAAAAGUUCCAAAUAA